AUGGCGGCCUUUACAGUUUAUCGAGAUGGUGCGCGCUCGGCAAGGUCGAAUUUGCUAUACGUGCGACCGCGAACGCAGUGUUUCCUCAUAGUAGCAUUUCCGUCGACGUCCCGUUCAUUGUACAGUUAUUGCCGGGGUAUUAUUUAGACAGCACUGAGGUGCUGUAGUCAGUGUAGUCGUUCACUCAUUGCGGUCAACUCGCAAGUCGCAGGUCGUGGUCAGUCCGGUCAGUCGUGAUCAGUCGGACGGUGCGAACGGAACGGAAGGGAGCGUCCGGGUCGUGGUGUGUAUUAACUUGUGCCGUUCUCGAUGGUUCUCGAUGCUUUCGCGUAAAUCUGAUGACGAAUACAUUAUUUAUCAUAACAGAGGGAUCUGCAGUGAACUAUUCUAUUCUGAGCAAUGAGUCCGCAAAGCCAUAAGAACAAUUUAACUCCAAAAGACAUGCAGUCUAACGGAUACUCUGCUGCCAAUACCAUGGCCAAAGAAGCAAGAAAUCAUUCAUCUCCUUGUGAGUCAGUGGAUUCAAUGCCUUGGUUUGGAAUGGACAUAGGUGGUACAUUAUGCAAAUUAGUGUAUUUUGAGCCGAAGGAUAUAACGAGAGAUGAAGCAGACGCAGAAGUUGAGAUAUUGAAAAAUAUUCGUCGAUAUCUCACUAAAAAUUCGGCAUAUGGAAAAACUGGCCAUCGUGAUACGCAUUUACAAAUGGAUAACAUCUGUAUUAGAGGCAGACGAGGAACCUUACAUUUUAUUAGAUUUCCUACAAGUGAAAUGGGAAAUUUUUUAGCAUUAGCAAAAUCAAAAGGUAUGGCAAAUCUUGUGACUACUGUUUGUGCCACUGGGGGUGGUGCUUUUAAAUUCGAAGAUAAUUUUAAAAAGGAAGUAAACAUGAAUUUGGCAAAAUUUGAUGAAUUAGAUAGUUUAAUACGCGGGAUGCUCUACAUAGAAACUACGAAUCCACAUGAAUGCUAUUAUUGGUCGAAUCCCACCGAUGACAGCAAAUGCCAAAAAGUACCCUAUGACUUUUCUGAACCAUAUCCUUUCUUGCUCGUUAAUAUAGGCUCCGGAGUAAGCAUACUAGCUGUAUAUGGACAAGAAAAUUUUAAAAGGAUAUCUGGAACAAGCUUAGGUGGUGGUACAUUCUUGGGAUUAUGCUGUCUUCUUACUGGAUGUAACACCUUUGAAGAAGCAAUAGAACUAGCGACAGGCGGCGAUAAUACAAGAGUGGAUAAAUUGGUUAAGGAUAUAUACGGUGGUGAUUAUGGUCCUUUCGGUCUUCCUGGAGAUUUAGUUGCGAGCAGUUUUGGACAAAUGAAUUCCAAAGAUCGUAGAAAUACUGUCACAAAGGAAGAUCUGGCGCGUGCAACUCUUGUUACUAUCACAAAUAAUAUUGGUUCUAUCGCGCGUAUGUGUGCUGUUAAUGAAAAAAUUGAAAGGGUUGUAUUUGUAGGAAAUUUUCUCAGAGUAAAUCCCAUAUCAAUGAAAUUGUUGGCCUAUGCUAUGGAUUAUUGGUCUAAAGGAACUUUGAAAGCCCUGUUUUUGGAACAUGAAGGUUAUUUCGGAGCGGUGGGAUGUCUAUUACAAUUUAAUGGCGAAUCGAGCUAAACAAUGGGGAAAUAGUCAUAUAACAUAGCAUUCCAUAUGACCAACUUCGUAGAACAUUUCUCGAGUGAGCAAGAUUAUUCGACAUAAUUAUAUUUAUUUUUGUUACAUUUUUUCAAUUCAUGAAUCUACAAUUUAUUGAGUAAUCAUUUAUAUUAAUAUGGAAAGCCUUGAUAUUUAUGUAGUAGGAUUAAGGGUAUAUUUGUCAAGUGUCAUUGUAUAAUUUAUCACUAUUUUAAUGUAGGAAAAAAUAAUUGUCAAAAUAUUUUUAAUUUUGGUCGGAGGGUAGUUAUUUUGCUAUAAUUGUUUGAUUACGAGCACAAAUCUAACUCGGCAAAUAGAAUCUAUAAUGGACCAAAUCCAAUAGGAUUAAGGAUAGUCUCUUCUUCCGAUGUUUGUUACAUGCCGCAUAGACUAGUUCUACCUCAUAAUUUAUAUUGUAAAGUUUUUCUACAAAUGUGCACACAGAUUUUUAUGUAUAUAGGUAAUAUGGCAAUCAUUAUUACACUUACACAUCUUUUCUCUUCGUAAGUUUAUAAUCGAAUAAAACCAUUGGGUAGCGGUAAAUACUUUCGCACUGAUUGUUAAUAUUAGUAAUUAUUUUGUUGUUAAUGCAUUGCACAUUACAAGGUGAACCUUUUAAAAUAAAUUUUUAAUUGAAUAUUAAUACAACUUUUCUAUGAAACAUUAUUCAUGCGCUUCUGAUAGUUGCAUAAAUUACGAAUUUUUUAUACCGCUCCAGUAAAAUCACGAUUUAUAAUAAAAAAAUAUACGCUUCCGUCAGGAUAAUGAUAUGAUACAAUACAUAUUGGAAGUUGUCGAAGCCCGCAGCUAACGCUAAAUAUUCACAGAAAGUUCGAUUCGUAUUAUCAAUGUACCGAAUGUUCCGGAACAGUAAAAAAAUCUUCAUAGAAUGUGCAAAUGUCGAUGAAAUGUUCAGAAUAUCGUGUGAAUACUUUUUAUAUAUUUCAUGAAAAUCGUGAGUGAGCGAGCAGUGCACAUACUCGCCGACAGAGGGCCGCGGUGAAGAGCAUUUAUUCGUAAACAAGAAUCACAAGAAGCGCAACACUUCGUCUACGAAGAGAGCCCUGAAAUUGGACUCCGAGGUGAAAACACAUUAAAUGUGUUUUCUAAAGUAAAAUUUUGUUUAAAAACUGAUUCACGGACGACCUAAACUGGAAUUUUUGAAAAAAUUAAAAUUUUGUGGAAUAUACAUAUAUGGAAUAUUCUCGA